AUGUCGCCUGCACAGAGCUAUCCUCCAAUGCAACCACCGUACAGAAACAGCCCACGGGAUGGCCCGCCAAACUCCACAGUAUCACUUCCGCCGCUACGUCAGCUUUCUAAAACCCCGCCCACUCCUGAUCGGAGGCAUGGCAAUCCCUUCGGUGUACACUCCAUACUAAAUCCUCAGGCUGAACUAGGGGAUCAGCAACAUAGUAGAAGGCGUAGUGCUUCCCAGAUGGAAUCACCGUCACCUGUUCACACACAUCACUCGCAAAGCCUUCCAUCCAUCAGCCGACCGACGAGUGUGGACUCUACCCAAGAGGACCAUAAUGCCACAAACUCUUUUCAUCCCCCCAGUCGACCUUCGAUGAGGCACUUGUUGAGUCCAAAGUCCCCUAAGCUACAUAGAGCUCAAAGCCACGGUUUCCUCAAUGCACCGACAGGCACGAUUGAUGCUCAUCAGUCGCCUUUUUUGACUGCCAACAUCCGCCCAACCGAUUCCAUGACUUUGCAGCCAGCCCUACCUACCCCUCCUGCGGGUAAUCGGCCUACCUACUUUCCUACAAUGCCACCUACCGCUCCGACACCGCCACCGAACAUAAAGCGAGAGAUACGUCGUCCAAGUAUGAACUUCCCGCAGUCUGGAAGCGCCAGUCCGAUCAAUCAGUACUCUCCCCAUAGUCAAGCGGCCUCUGUGGCUUCCAGCCAGUAUGAGUCGCAAAGUAAUCAGGGAAACUACGCUCAAAUGCACAAUGCUAGGCACGGUUCCAUUCCCAUGGAAACAGAACGCAAUAGCAUGAUUCCUAUGGCGCCAUCCAGCCAAAGCAGCAUCCAGCUGAUGACUAUCAAGGGUCACCAUGGACACCCGGUGCAGAUUCCUGUCGAUGUACAGGCUGCGUCUAAAGUGGCCGAUGAAAAGAGGAGACGCAAUGCUGGAGCAUCUGCUCGGUUCCGUGCCAGGCGGAAGGAAAAGGAACGGGAAGCUUCUAUGAGCAUAUCCAGGCUUGAACAACAAGUACGUGAUGCUCUUGAAGACGCCGAAUACUAUCGACGUGAGCGAGACUACUUUAAGUCUGUUGUCUUUCAACAGCCGCACCCUGAAAGGCACUACGCGAGGCCACCUUCACCUCGACUUCGACGCAUCUCCGUGGCGCCUUCCCUUGCCCCCUCAUCUACCGAUGGCCUCGGCUCGGAUGGCUCAUACGGAGAUUUCGACGAGGAAGACGCGUACGAGGAGGAACGCAAUGUACGAAGGAGAACCAGCAACUACCAGCCUCCUCCCGGCCCCCCGCCUACUACUUCGAAUCCAACUACCACCGUUGGGACUGCAGUGAAUGCUCCCCCAGCUCACGCUGCUUCCCCAGCACCGCAGUACGCAGCCCAACAGUCGAGCCACUUGCCGGGAACACGCCAGUCAUCAUCAGAACGACCUGCCUAUCGUGACCCGCUAGCACCUCAAUCUGGCCGUUACGAUGAGCGUCACUGGGUCGCGGCUCAAAGCCAGGCCCGUUAA